UUUAUUGGUGCUGAUGACUGAUGUUCACUCAAGAGCUCCCUAAGGUCCAUGAAAAAGAUGUGCUUUAAAAACAUACAUUAUCUCGUUAUGGAAAAGUACCAAGAGGUCUCAAUAAAAGUAGAACAUUUUAGACAUGUAAUAGAAACCACUUAUAGGAAUGGGAAAACUGGCAUAUACCGUGCUUGGGUUGAUGACCGAACAAGAAAGUGGCAUGAUCAGUAUAAAUCUGACCUUCAAUGAGCUGAGUCUUGCCUUCAUAUUUACAGAUUGUUUAUGAAGUUUUCAGUGGGCAGCUUAAAAAAACCACAGACGUCUUCUGACUGUAAGAAUUGAAGGUCCUUCUCGUGGGUCUAGGAACUUUUAAGUUGAAAGCAAUUGGCCAUUUAAUCUAUACUGUCCGUGAAUUUUGUUUGGUCACAAUUAUGUAUUAUUGAUCAAUCACCCGCACAAUAGAGAGGAAAAACAUGUCCGCUCCAUUGAAGAAGGUUUUCCUGUUGGGAUGCGGAUGCUUCAAUCCGCCCACAAUCAUGCAUCUGCGGAUGUUCGAGGUGGCCAAGGACUACUUGGAAUCCCUUGAACAACGCCCUCAUCGUGUUUUGGGCGGAAUACUCUCACCUGCCCACGAUAACUACGGCAAAAAGGGAUUGAUUGCAGGUAGUCAUCGCGGGGAAAUGGCCCGUUUGGCCGUGAAAUCUAGCUCUUUCGUCCGACUCUCCACAUGGGAAUUGGAUCAAGAAAAAUGGACUCGGACCCGUCAAGUUUUGGAUGGAUACCAGGAUCUGAUCAAACAAUACGGCGCAUCGUCCAUUCCUCGCCCUCAUUGGAUCGCACCGGAGUACUCCACGGAAGACAUCAAGGGGGCGAGUAUCUACUUGCUGUGUGGCGACGAUCUGGUGGACUCGUUCAAUGUUCCAGAUUUGUGGUCCGAGGAAGAUAAACAAUCCAUCGUGAAAAACUACGGGUUGGUCGUGUUAUCACGGGGUGAGGCUCGGCCUCAAGAGAUGGUGAAUGGAUCUGACCUGCUAUUUUACAAUCAAGAAAAUCUUCACUUUGUCUUGUCGAACAUGGGCACGGAUAUCAGUUCCACCAAGAUCAGACAAGCGCUUCAACGAAAACAAUCAGUGCGUUAUAUGGUGCCGGAUGAUAUCGUUUCUUACAUUAAGACCAAUGACUUGUACGUCUGAAGAAUACAUGAAUAAUCAUGACUUUAA